GCAGAGGGAACGGAGAAAGAAAAGAGCAGUCAGAAGUCGAACGUUUAUGAGAAAACGGCUCGUGUGGUUGUGUAUCGGCAUGCAGAAGUUUACAUAGCAUUAACUUGACGCAGGACACCAUCUUUUGACCAUAUUACAACUAACAACGCAGCCGUUAAAAUACAUAAAAUAAGCCAAGUGGAUUCACUUAACAACAGAGAUGGGCUUAAAGCGGAAUCAUUUGCAAACCCCAUCAAACUUAAGCUCUCGUCUCAGAGCGCGGCUUAUUUUAUUGAUCGCAGUUCUACCGCUGUGCGCAGCCUUUAAUUUGGACGUGGAGAACCCCACUGUAUACAGCGGACCGAAUGGGAGCUACUUCGGAUAUUCCGUGGAAUUUUACUUGACCAAUUCAUCAAGUGUCAGCGUCCUGAUCGGCGCCCCCAAAGCCAACACCAGCCAAGUUAACAUCACUGAGGGAGGAUCUGUGUUCUAUUGUCCCUGGAGCCUGAGCCAAUCAGAGUGCAGUGCCAUUGGGUUUGAUAAUGAAGGGGACCGCAGUUAUCACGUCAAUGACACUGACCUCCAAGUGGAGUUCAAGUCGCACCAGUGGUUUGGUGCCACAGUUCGUUCCCAUGGCAGCACCAUCCUGGCUUGUGCCCCUCGUUACUACUGGAGGACCGAACAGGACGUCCCUCACUCGGACGCCACGGGAACCUGCUACCUCUCGGUGAACAACUUCACCAAGUUUGUGGAGUACGCCCCCUGCCGCACAGAAAGGCAUGGCCCCGGUGGACAUGGUUACUGCCAGGGGGGGUUCAGCGCUGAUUUCACUAAGAAUGGGAAGGUAGUUCUUGGAGGCCCUGGGAGCUACUACUGGCAAGGCCAGCUUAUCUCAGCCACAAAGGAGGAAAUCGUCAAGGCCUACUACCCUCAGUACUUCCUGUUGUUUGUAACGGGCCAGAUCCAGACCAGCCAGGCGCAGGGAAACUACGAUGACAGCUACCUUGGGUACUCUGUGGCUGUGGGGGAGUUCACUGGCGAUACAGUAGAAGAUUUUGUGGCAGGAGUCCCAAAAGGAGUCAUGCUCUAUGGCUUGGUGUCCUUAUUGAACGGGACCAAUAUGAAAUCGAUACUGAACUUCACUGGCGAGCAGAUGGGCUCCUAUUUUGGGUAUGCAGUGGCGACCACCGAUGUGAACAAUGAUGGGCUGGAUGACCUCCUGGUGGGCGCUCCCAUGUUCAUGGUGCGGGGUUCAGGCGGGCGGCUGGAGGAGAUGGGCAGGGUGUAUGUGUACCUGCAGAGGGGGGCUCUGGACCUGGAGCCCAGCCUGCCCCACCUCACAGGGACCCAGGAGUUUGGCCGCUUUGGGAGCUCCAUCGCCCCUCUGGGAGACCUCAACCAGGACGGCUUCAAUGAUGUGGCCAUCAGCUGUCCGUUUGGAGGGGAAGACCAGCAGGGCGUGGUCCUCAUCUACAACGGACAUGCCGGCGGCCUGAAGGACAUGCCCUCUCAAGUGCUAGCUGGCCAAUGGGCUACUGCCACCCUUCCCGCCAGCUUCGGCUUUGCCAUCCGAGGGAACAAAGACCUGGACAUGAACGGAUACCCAGAUCUCAUAGUGGGCGCAUUCGGAGUUGACAAGGCGGUUCUGUACAGGGCUCGGCCUAUCGUUAAUGCCACUGCCUCGCUGACUGUGUACCCCACCAUGAUCAACCCGGAGGAGAAGAACUGCGUGGUUACCCAUGGCAACGAGACUAUCCCCGUAUCCUGUGUCAACCUCAGCUUCUGUCUCUCAGCCAAUGGGAAACACCUGCCUGAUGCCCUUGCGUUUCUGGUGGAGGUGCAGCUGGACCGGCUGAAGCCGAAGCAAAAGGGGGCGGUGAAGAGGGCUCUGUUCCUGGACUCCCAGAAGGCCGUGCUUCUGAAAGCGGUCAGGGUGGCCAAUGGGGCCCGCGUCUGCCACGACACCAAAAUCUACCUGCGGAAUGAGAAGGAAUUUCGGGAUAAGCUCUCCUCCAUCUACGUAGCACUGAACUACAGCCUGGACCCCCACGCGUCAGCAGACUCCCACGGUCUGCGCCCCGUCCUCAACUACCAAACCGCACAGCUCAUGGAGCAGAAGGCCCAGAUUUUGCUGGACUGCGGAGAAGACAACAUCUGUGUCCCUGAUCUGAAGCUUACAGUACAUGGUGACAGGAAGGAGGUCUACCUGGGUGACGACAACUCGCUGACCCUCACGUUCAACGCCAGGAACGAGGGCGAGGGCGGGGCCUACGAGGCGGAGCUGUACGUGGUGCUUCCCCCUGAGGCCGACUACAGCGGCAUCGCGCGCAACAAUGAGAGCUUGUCUCAGCUGACCUGCAGUUAUGAAACUGAGAAUCAAACCCGUUAUCUCAGCUGUGACCUUGGCAACCCCAUGAAGUCUGGCACAAACCUCUGGGCGGGGCUCCGCUUCACCGUGCCACGCCUACGGGACACGCGCAGGACGGUGCAGUUUGAGCUCCAGAUACGCAGUAAGAAUGAGAAUAACUCUCGGAGUGAGCUUGUGCCGUAUAAACUGGAGGUGGCUGUGGUGGCUGAUGUCAUUCUGCAGGGAGUGUCCCACCCCGACAAGGUCAUCUUUCCUCCCCAAAACUGGAAAGCAACCAAGAGGCCGCAGUUGGAGGAGGACGUUGGGCCACCAGUUCAGCAUGUGUAUGAGCUGUUUAACAAUGGGCCGAGCAUGAUAAGCCACACCCUCCUGGAGCUGCACUGCCCAAUGAGGGUCAAGGCUCAUUGGCUCAUGUACCCACUGGAGGUGACCACCGUAGGACCGCUCAACUGUUCCACAGACCAGGUCAUCAACCCCCAGAACCUCAAGCUUCAGCAGUCCCCCACUGAGCAGCCGCCCCUGCAGACGCCCAACCCGGGACACCACAUCGAGAAGAGGGACACCCAGAAGGACCAGCUGUCUGAACCAGGAAACCUGUCCUGCUCCAAUGUGGAAUGCUGGGUGCUGCACUGCAAUGUGGGCCUCCUGGAGAAGGGCACCAGUGCCAUCCUCAAAGUGCGCUCCCGAAUCUGGGCCGAGACCUUCAUAGAGAGGACAUACAAACAGUACGUGUUGGAGUGCUCUGCCAGGUACAGUGUGCAGAAGAUGCCCUACACCAUCCUGCCCAAGGAGGCUCCCAGCGGAUCCAAAAAGGUGGUGACCCCGGUUGUGUGGAGCAAGCCUGACAACCAGUACGCCGUGCCGCUGUGGAUCAUCAUACUGGCCAUCCUAGCAGGGCUGCUGCUGCUCGCCCUGCUAAUCUACGUCCUGUACAAACUGGGAUUUUUCAAGCGAUCCCUACCCUAUGGCACAGCCAUGGAGAAGGCCCAACUGAAGCCCCAGGCUACAUCAGAGGCCUAACCAAAAGAAGCUGGGGGUCCAAACAUCACACCAAACAUCUUUUUCCCUCUUUGUCAAAUUGGGAAAAGAAUAGGCAAAUAAUUCACCCACAAGAUAGAACAGGAAACUACAAGACUGUGUGAUACUGUAACAGAUGGCAGUUGAAGAUUUUCAGAGAAAAGACCACUGGAAAUUCAUCUGUACUGCACUAGAAAGAAAGAAAAAUAAGCGCUCUCAAUCCAAAUGAAUGUUUUUAAUUUAUGUUUUUUUACAUGGAGCAUUGGGGUUUGGUUUCCAAACAGUGAGAAGUUCUAUACCACAGGCAGAACUGUGUCAGGCAUCAGGGUGGGGUGGAGAUCAGGGCCUGUUCAGUACUGCAUUGCUCACACACAUCCGGAAAGGUGUGACGUGUGGAACCUCCCCAACCACUGAUCUUCAUUCAUAGCCGUACUGGUUCUUGAUCCCAACCCGUUGCAUUUUCCUGAUCUUGCUUUUCUCAAGACGGGGUAUUUUAAUUGAUUUCAAAUGUCUUUAAUGGUGCUAGAAUUAAGUCCUAUGACUGAAUGUUCCCAGCUGACCGUGAGGGCUGGUGAGAAAUGUCUGGUCCCCUGUUUCUGAUCGCCCCAUGACUGCUUCCACAGAAUUAAACCAAAAGCUGGGAAAAACAUGCCCAGGGAAGGAGCUCUCGACACCAAAUACUUGCUUCACUGAAAUCUCCAUCUUCCAAAGGUGUUUUCAGUCUUUGGACCAAGCAUGGUCUGACACUCAUACCCGUUUAUCUUUAGUCAGGGACUUUCUUUUUGAUUUUGUGUUAUUGUUCUUUGGACUUAAUGGUUCAGAAAGGCUUAAAAAGACACUGGGCUUUUAUUCAAGAGGACUGCAGCGAAGGUAGAGGUGUCUUGUAACAGAAUGAAAGAUGUGCUCUGUUUGCUAUGAAGCAAGUUCUGCAAAUCCCCCCCUGACUUCCUCUCAUCCACCAAUCAGUACACAGGUGCUGCUCACGCUGGGACAUCACUGGAGCAGCCAUAGACUCUCUGGUGAAAUGGUGUGAGACUCAUGAAGCUGUGUUAAACUUUCUCAUUCAGGGUGUGUCCCCUUAAACCGAUGAAAAGACUGUGUCAGACGUGACCUGCGUUGGCCUUGCGCCAUGGGUCUAUUAUAGAUUAAAGCGCAGACAAUCAAAGCUGGAUGGUGUGGGGAGGGGGAAGGGGGAAGGGGGUGGCUUGCAGACAUCCUAAAGGUGUCUUGACUGAUACAACUGCAGGAAUGAGUUGUGUAAAUGAUUAUUCAAUGCAGCAAUAAUGUAGACGCCAUAAGGGCACAGUCGCGUAAGAACCGUAGUGGGUUUUGCUUCCCGAGUGUGGCUGUUGUUUCCAUGUUAAAAUGCUUUGAGAGCAACAGAAGUUGAUACCAGCAUAUGUGUGUGUACAUGGAUGGUUGGCCAUAUCUAUAGAAGUCUGUGUGUACACACAGCACCAAAGACAUCCCUCACCAUACCGAUGGCUGCAGCUUCAACCAGGGACUGAAUAUUUGUGUUUGUCUUGGAGUUUAAUCUUUUGCUUUUGUGUGUGCUUGUGUGUGCAUGCAUAUGCAUAUGUGUGCCUGAGAUAGUGAGGGCUUGCAUGUGUUUGUAAGUGUGUGUGUGUGUGUGUGUGUGUGUGUGUGUUGUUUGUUUGUUUGUGGGUGGGUGCUUGUGUGUACAUGUUUGUGUAUGUGGAAGUGCUUGUGUUUUGGUGAGUGAGGGAGAUGGUUAUUUUUUCCCAAUAACUAGGUCCUCUCCCUUUAUUAACAACCGAUUUCAGAGUCAGGUAUGAAUGAAACGGUCUACCAGCAGUGCUUAGACUAUCCUGCUACUAGACCACAAUCUGUUCAGAGUGAUUCAACCCUUAACACAAUGAUUCAUCGUGGCUAGGAGCUACAGUGGUUGUUCAUGUAUUGGCUGGGAAAGGACUGUACUGUAUUGGAAUAAAGUAUGCCCAAGUCACCUGUAUGGGACAGCAGCUGGGUAUUGGGGAAACCUAAAACUGUGUUAAGUGCAAUAUUAUUAUCUUAUCUUCAGUGUCUACGAUCGGUUUAGAGCUUAAAGGCUGACCCAAGUGCAGUCGCCAUCACCUUCAAGAUAAAAAGUCGUUGAACUGAACUGUGGGGACAGUUUGACUUACUGUGUCUGUUUUAUUUUAUUUCCAAGUCCCAGUACACAUAAAAGCCUCAAGUUUUACUCAAGCCAUUUGAAUUUAAAACCAGCUGUUAACUCACCCUCGGUUUCUUUAUUUUUGUUUUCUAAAAUAUUAGUACUGUACAGAUUUGAAGUACAAGCAAUUAUUUAUAUUGUCACAAGUUGUUUGGAAAAUAAACACUUUUUUAAAAUGUUAGUAGGAGAAAGCACUGGGUCUGUCCUUGUUUUUAAGAUGUCUCUUCCCUUCUUUUUUGAGUUGUAAAUAUGUAUCUUGUGAGGAGACUAUUUGAAAAUUCAAUGGAAAAACUGAUUUGUUGUGAAAUUUCCUUUCCCCAUAUUGGAGGAAAUGUUAUGGUGUUUUUAAAAGUGUUUCUUUGUAUUGUAUUUUACUGUUUGCGUUUCAAAUAAAAUUUUCGAUUUUUACUAAGAA